AUCACCUUCAAUCCUUCUCAUUUCCUCAACUUCAUUCGCAAUUCAUAGGGUUUUAAAUUAGUUGCUUCGAGUACAAGUUUUUACACAUCCAAAACGUAAAUUGGUUUUGGUAUUGAGUAGGGGAGUUUUUACUUUCAAGUUCAAUGAUGAAGUCUUUUAGUUCAAAUGUAAAUGUUGCCUCUAUUGCACUGCUGCUGUUGCUUGCCCUGAUGAGCACAACAAGCUCAGCUCAGCUCUCCUCCUCAACAUUUUAUGACAACGCAUGUCCAAACGCUCUCGCUACGAUCAGAAAAUCCAUACGAUCAGCAGUCUCAGCUGAACGUCGGAUGGCAGCCUCCCUAAUCCGCCUGCAUUUCCAUGACUGCUUUGUUCAGGGUUGUGAUGCGUCAAUCUUACUUGACGAUACUUCUUCCAUCACAGGCGAAAAGACCGCACCGCCUAAUCUGAACUCUGUGAGAGGAUAUGGAGUCAUAGAUAAUGCCAAAUCUGAAGUGGAGAAACUAUGUCCUGGUGUAGUUUCUUGUGCAGAUAUCGUCGCUGUGGCUGCUAGGGAUGCUUCAGUUGCUGUUGGAGGUCCAGACUGGUCGGUGAAGCUUGGAAGAAGGGAUUCGACCACAGCAAGCAAAAGCCUAGCUGGAAGCUCGCUUCCCAGUUUCUUAGACAGCCUUGAAAGCCUUACUAACAGGUUUGCUGGUUUAGGCCUCAAUGCCAGAGACUUGGUUGCGCUCUCAGGUGCACAUUCCAUCGGACAAGCUCAGUGCUUCACAUUCCGCGGAAGAAUCUACAGCAACACCAGUGACAUUGAUGCUAACUUUGCUCGUACUCGCGGACGUACUUGUCCCGCAGCAGCUAAUGAUGGUGAUGCAAAUUUGGCAGCACUUGAUUUGGUGACACCAAAUCAACUGGACAACAACUACUUCAAGAACUUGAUCCAGAAGAAGGGUCUUCUUGCAUCCGAUCAAGUUCUCUUUAGUGGAGGAUCCACAGACAGCAUUGUCUCGGAGUAUAGCUCCAAACCUGCAAACUUCAAGGCUGAUUUUGCGGCUGCCAUGAUCAAGAUGGGAGACAUUAACCCUCUCACUGGCUCAAAUGGGCAGAUAAGAAGGAUUUGUAGUGCUCUCAACUGAAAUCUGAGCCUUCAUACGCCAGAGUGUCAGCAGCAAAGCAACGAAAAAGAGCAAUGUCUUGUUCCAUUGAUUCAUUCAAUUGUAAAACUUAUACGGUGCUUUAUAUGUUUGUAGUUUAUAAAAUAAAUUCCAUGGAUAUGAAAAUA